GCCGCCGUCGGUCUCCUUCGCCCCUCUCGCUCGAGCAGGAGUCUCCGGGACCCAGCACCCCUGGAAUUACAAAGCGCCGGCCGCCGCCGCCAUGAGCACGACCGCAAGCAGCAAGAGCUCGUACCGCAGGAUGUUCGGGGGCGGCAGCCGCCCCAGCACCUCGGGGAGCCGCUACAUCACCUCCUCCAGCCGCUACUCGCUGGGCAGCGCCAUCCGCCCCGGCAGCAGCCGCCUGGUCUCCUCCUCGCCCGGCGGCGGCUAUGCCACCAAGUCCUCGGCCCUGCGGCUGCGGAGCAGCCUGCCCCCCGCGCGGCUCGUGCACGACACCGUGGACUUCUCGCUGGCCGAUGCCAUCAACACGGAGUUCAAGGCCAACCGCACCAACGAGAAGGUGGAGCUGCAGGAGCUGAACGACCGCUUCGCCAACUACAUCGACACGGUGCGCUUCCUGGAGCAGCAGAACAAGAUCCUGCUGGCCGAGCUGGAGCAGCUCAAGGGCAAGGGCACCUCCCGCCUGGGGGACCUCUAUGAGGAGGAGAUGCGGGCGCUCCGCCGGCAGGUGGACCAGCUCACCAACGACAAAGCCAGGGUGGAGGUGGAGAGGGACAACCUGGCCGACGACAUCCUGCGGCUCAGGGAGAAGUUGCAAGAAGAGAUGAUUCAGCGAGAAGAAGCUGAAAACACCCUGCAAUCUUUCAGACAGGAUGUUGACAAUGCCUCUCUGGCACGUCUUGAUCUUGAGCGCAAAGUUGAGUCCUUGCAAGAAGAGAUUGUCUUCUUGAAGAAGCUUCAUGAUGAGGAAAUCCGGGAACUGCAGGCCCAGAUUCAGGAACAACACAUCCAAAUUGAUGUAGACGUUGCUAAACCAGAUCUCACUGCUGCCCUGCGUGAUGUCCGUCAGCAGUAUGAAAGUGUUGCUGCUAAGAAUCUUCAGGAAGCUGAAGAAUGGUACAAGUCCAAGUUUGCAGACCUCUCUGAAGCUGCUACUAGGAACAAUGAUGCCCUCCGUCAGGCCAAACAGGAAGCUAAUGAGUACCGCAGACAAAUACAGUCCCUCACCUGUGAAGUUGAUGCACUUAAAGGAACUAAUGAGUCCCUGGAGCGCCAGAUGCGUGAAUUGGAGGACAACUUUGCUGUUGAAGCUGCUAACUACCAAGAUACUAUUACCCGUCUGCAGGAAGAAAUUCAAAACAUGAAGGAAGAAAUGGCUCGCCAUCUUCAUGAGUACCAAGAACUGCUGAAUGUCAAGAUGGCUCUUGAUAUUGAGAUUGCUACCUAUAGAAAACUGUUGGAGGGAGAGGAGAGCAGAAUUACCAUGCCUAUUCCAACUUUUGCUUCCCUGAACCUGAGGGAAACCAACAUUGAUUCCCACCCUAUGGUUGACACCCACUCAAAGAGGACACUCUUAAUUAAGACUGUUGAAACCAGAAAUGGAGAGGUUAUCAAUGAAACUUCCCAGCAUCACGAUGAUCUGGAGUGAAAACCCUAGAGAAACUGCACCUUUCUCACUUGUGCAGUGAAAAGAUUCUUACCAGCAAAAUUUAAAGUCCCUGUCUUAAAGGAAGAAACAGCUUAAGUGCCUUUCUGCAGUUUUUCCAAAAGCGCAAGAUUAUUAUGCUAGAGAAUAGGUAUUAGAUCUUGCAAACUGACUCUCCCUGAAGGUUUAGAUUUGACAAUGGAGUCUAGUUUACAGAUAGCAAUAUCUUGUGCUACAAUACUGUUUAAGUUUCUGAAUUCAAUAACUGCUUUUUCCAGCACAGUAUGAACAAUUUCACUGCUUCAAUAAAUAUUUGGAAAAUGG